AUGAAAACUGUGAUACUAAAGUAUCCAGGUGGAAAAGGGAAACAAUUAAAAAAAUUUAAAGUAGCACCAGCUACAAAAGGCAGUGCAUUCAGAAGUUUUAUCACACGUGAAUUAAAUCAAUUUUACGACACAGAUUAUUUUCUAUUAAACUUAUCUAAUGGGUUUGAAAUCUUAGAUGAGUCACUUCCGUUUUCAGAAAUUACUUCAGAAAAGAAAUUACCUCUACAACUUGUAUACAGUCAUACAACAGUAACAUAUAUCAACAGUUUAGAGCAGAAGAAAUCAGUCAAUAUAGAUUUAAAGGCACCAUGCGAGCGGAACAUAAUGCAAAUAAUCAAUUCUCCUGAUGCAAAAUACUAUGCUUUUGCCUUUCGUCCGUCAGAUGACCCAACUUACCUGAGAAUUACAUGCAAAUCUAUGCCACUCGUAUUCCAAGGAUGGUACGGAGAACAGCUAUAUCUAACAAGAUACAUUUUACCAACAGAAACGGGCAAUAUCGAAGAUUUAUACAGUCAUUGUGUGUUUUCGCUUAAACUCUCACUUUCUGUCAUGCUCCCUUAUGAUUGGGUGAGAUCAUCAAUCUUUAGACUAAUAGCAGAUGGAAAGUCUCCAAAAGAUAUCAGCAAACAACAUCUAGUUGAUAAAAUACCACACCAAAUACGUCUGGACGACAGCUUAUUUGCACAUGGCCAAAAAGUUCUAUACGAAUACCAAAAAAUAAGUAAAGAAGAAGCAAAAAGACAUUUCAUCGAAGCUUGUACGCUCUUUGGAGGACAUUGUUGCUAUAUAGAUAGAGUACAAAUGUCAAUUGUCGGUAAAUGGAGAAUAUUAACUACAAGAUACAUCUAUAUCAAUCCAAUUUCUAUUUUUGUUUCAAAAGAUUUUGGAGCGAAUAUAAUUCAAAAAGUGACAUUUACCGAAAUUAUGCAUUUUUCAUCUGAAGACGAUUUUGUUGUUUUGACAUUCCACAAUGGUACUAAAUGGCGUCUGAAGUCUAAAAACAAAGCAAUUUUGUUAAAUAUUUUGUCAGAUGUCAAAAGUAUUAUUCCAAGUCGCGCAGACCAGACCCUUUCGCAUGCUUUCUCGAAGGAUAAGCUACUGGAAUCAGCAGAAAACUUUUCUUUAUCAGAUUCGCAAGAAAGUCAGACAGAAGAGGAAAUUCAAGUCUCAAAUGUUGUCCAAAAGCUUGAACUAGAGCAUGCAACAGUAACUUAUAACGGAAUUUCCCCGUUAAUCACUCCUUCGGCCUCUGAAAAGGAUAAAAUUUUCAAUGUUAAGCCAUUAUUGUUCAGAAACUUGAAAUGCAUUCAAAAAGUUGAGAUUCCAGAUAUUGUUGACGACGUUCAGAUUGAUCCUGUUCCAGAUUUGAGCAUGGCUAACUCAGAUUUCUUAGAAUGGAUUGCAUCAUUCCAUGAAUUUAAUGCAAAGCCAUUAAUUAUUAUAUUGUUCCUCUUCUUUAUUAUUCUUGUUUUGAGAAAGAGUCUAAAAUGA